CGUCAACAGGCCUGGUAAUUACGACGAAGUGGAAAGUAUUGCUAACAUUAUAUAUACCUUGACAUACUAUCUAUUAGUACUGACUUACCCCCCCAGCCCCAUAAUGUACGUAUGUAGCCCUAGGUACUACAUGUACCUAAGGUUAGGUACCUAAAGUAUCAUCAAAACAAUCAAAUCAUCAAUGUGUUGUCGUCAACAUUCUAAAACAAUGAGUCAAUCAUGACUCGACUUCCUAUGCUAUAACCGCGCUAGCUAAUAACUUCCAUAUAUAUCCCUUUACUUCGAAUACAGCGUGAUGGUCUGCUGGUCGAAUAGCUGAUAUCCAUGGCUCCCUCAGCUGGCCGUACCUUGGACGACGACGACGGCGAGAGCGACUACGGGUCUGACUUUUCGAUAGGAGAGGAAGAUAUUGUAAAUAAACUCCUAAAGGACCUCGGGAAUAAUACACCAUUGCUUAGCAACACUACAACUACCGCUCUCAAUUCUACGCAACUCGUCUCGCCCGUCGUUUCGCCCGUCGUUUCUCCCAUCGCCUCGCCUACUAGUACUACUACUACAACGACUGCUAGUAGCUUGUCUAUCCCGCCCGUGCCGCUUACCCAAGAUGAUAAGCACCAUGCGUCGAGUUUGUGUACUCGGCCUACCGGUACUCUUCCUACUAAGAUCGAAGAGCCUACGACUGCUCACGAAUUCUCCAACUCGAAUCCGUAUGUAACAUCGCCUUUGCUAUUAGGUGGCGUUCAAUACCCAGAUCUUAGUCGUAUCCUAUCCGAUCCUAGAUCUAAUACAACGUCCAAAUUUGAAACCGUCGAGCCUCCGAAAGAUGCCCCUUCUCCCCUGCAGCGUUUUCGUUCCUUUCCCAAAAAGCCGCUCACGGUCUCCGACUUAGCUUCUGGUGCUUGGUGCGAGCUACAGUACUGGUACACGCUUACCCUGCUACCCGGAGGGAGGAAGACGAGAACGGCGGCGAUGCGGGGUGGCACUCGUGUCCAUCAAACCUUGGAAGAUCAGGUACACACCACGGUCCAAGUCAGCAUUACCACCAAAGAAGAGGCGUUUGCACUGCGAAUAUGGAACGUGAUCCAGGGCCUCCGCACGCUCCGGGAUGUUGGCAUGACUAGAGAGCUUGAGGUAUGGGGGAUCAUCGAAGGUCAAGUCGUAAACGGCAUCAUAGACGAAGUGAGCCAUGAUAGUCCGAAUGCCGCUUUUGAGCAAGAGCUCAGCCAAUCCGAAUCAUCCAAGGGCUUCGCCACAAGCUACCCAAAGCAGCAGACAUCCAUGACAGACUUUUUGGAAGCGCCCCGUAAAAAGUUUUACUUGACUGAUGUCAAGACAAGAGGUUCGGAUAGACUGCCUACCGGCGCCGCGCUCAGGCCCGCCAGGGUCCAGCUAUUCUUGUAUCAUCGACUUUUGGGCGAAAUGGCCUCCGGCGUGGUAGAUUUUACUGCUAUUUUGGAUCGAUAUGGCCUUACAGCUGAUGCCUUAUUUUCUGAUGCUUUUAUGGCUCAGGUAGGCGACUUACACGAUGAAAUAUUUUACGACGCGGAUUCGGAUGUUGGGGGUGCUUCGUCGUCGCAUUCUACGCGUAGUGGGUGUGAUACCGAUUGGCCGGAUCCGUCUUCAAAUCGGCUUCCUCAGGAUCUGAUCAGAUACCGAUCCAUUACGCAGAUACUUCCGCUAUUACAGUCCGAACUGCGCGAAACCUUCCCGCAGGGCGCCGCCACUAUCGGCGAACUUCUCGCUGUCCAGUAUCGCCAUAGGGAGGAUAGUCGCAUUCUCGGUAAUAAUUCGUUUCCUAACGAUCCUGAGGCUUUAGAGGGGUACCUCAGACAGAACCUCAAGUGGUGGCGCGGCGAGAGGGAUGCUGAGGGCGUCUCCAUCGAAGAAACUUAUAAGUGUAGGUCAUGUGAGUUUGCGGAAAGUUGUCAAUGGCGAAAAGACAAAGAGACCGAAUUUUUACGGAAGAAAAGGGGCAUCACAGGCGUAAGGACCUAACAUUCUGGCCUUUAGCUUGGCUGUCUAAUAGCUAAAAAAUUUAACGUAUAUCUAACAGCUUCACUAACUAAGUUAACUUUUGUUAUCCGUAAACUGUGUCUUGCGUUGAGAGUUCGGAUGAACUUCUUAAGACCUUAGCAGCUUAUUACCAAUAAUACUCCUGGCAGUCUAUUAUACGAGGCUUAAAACUUAAAACAAACAUACCACAAAUGGAUAGUUACUGAGGAAAUGAGUAUUUUGAAUGCCUAAUAAGUGAUAUGAAUUAAGUACCUUAUAUGCGUCCCGUCAUACUUCGUUCUUUAUGAUGCCGCAGGGUCAUAAAUACAUUUCUAAGACCUAAUUUGCGAGCAUCUGGUAUGUAUGUUUGAAUGAAGGGGCUGGGGGCUCUUCCCGAAGACCCCUGUUCCGUCACUACGAUU